AACGAUGACUCUUGGGCGUCUGCGAACAUUCGUGCCACCUACUAUGCUCUGCGCCGAGCUGGCCACAGCGUACAGAUGGUAGCCCCUGCGGUCCAGCAGAGCGGCAAGGGUGGUACCAUUGUCCUCCCUACUUCCAACCUCACGGGUCCCGCAGCCUUCAAUACCGCCCCUGCUGGUGCUCCUUACUUUGGUCGUAACUCUUCCGACUCUGGACUGGCCUACUUCAACUCUACCCCUGCUGCGACACCCUUCUGGGCUCUGGACCAGGUCAAGCCCUUCGGUGGGAAGAUUGACCUCUUCGUCUCGGGACCCAAUGAGGGCACCAACUUGGGACCUUUGCUGUACACCCUCUCUGGUACUCUCGGUGCUGCUUAUGCCGCUGUAGGUAGGGGAUACCCUGCCAUGGCCUUUUCUGCCAGCUCCACUAUGCGCGAUUACCAUACGCUGGACCUCAGCUCUACCAAGGAUGAGUCUGGUGAGUACAUGAUCAUCGGUACCGCUACUGCCAACUUCGUCAGCACCUAUGCCGACGCCCUGGACUCCAAGCCUCUCCUUCCCAACGGUCUCGCUCUGAGCAUCAACUACGCCUCUCUCAACUCGACUGCUUGCCCUUCUCUCAAGGCCGACUUUAAGCGUACCCGUCUGACCGGUGGAGCAGAGAGUGACAAGCUGGUGCUAAACUCUGCCGGUUUCCCCACCUAUGCUGCCAUUGUUCCCAAGGGUGGACUCAACACUUGCAAUGUAGGCGAUUGCUCUCUCCAGGGCGAGACGGAAUGGGUGGCAUCGGGAGCUUGCAAGGCGUCGGUGAGCGUCUUUGCGGUAGACUAUGAUUCGCCUAGUGCCAAGGCAAAGUCUCCUUCCAAGGUCAUUGAUGCCGUUGCCAAGAAGUUGAACAAGAAGAAUUAA